UUGCGUCAUACACAGAGUAAUAUGCUCCCAUCGAAAGUGAAAGGGUUUAUAAACUGAAAUUCCCUGGAAUGGCGGUUUAAAAUUAGUUCUUCAAAUGAUCUCAUCUCUCUUUCGCUCGAUGUUUCAUUUUUGACGUGCGAGACAUUUAUAGCAACGCAGGAUUAACGAUCAGAUUUUUCUUACAAAAGCUGAAAAAGAUAGUUUGGAUUAUAAAACCAAGGAAAGAUGGAUGUAACAGCGAACGAGGAAGGAGACUCUACGAAAUAUUGCUCAAAUUGCAAAAGGGAUAUCCCCGGUGUGAAUUUUGUGAUGCACGUCAAUCACUGCCAUCGUAAUAUCACACUAUGUAAAAUCUGCAAUGAGCCCUUCCCUACCUCUCAACGGGAAGACCAUUUUGAGGAAUACCACGCCAAGGUUAAGUGCCAAUGUGGCAAACAUGUUGAAAAAGCAGAUCUUGCUGAGCAUAAAGAAAAUACCUGCUCAAGCCGUGUUGUCACCUGUGACUACUGUGAGUUAGAACUUCCAUUUUCUAAAAUGAAGUCACACAAGGAUUAUUGUGGUGCAAGAACUGAACUUUGUGAAAAAUGCAACAAGUACAUCACUGUCAAGGAUAUGGACAUACAUAUCUCAAGCGACUGUGAUGAUGUGUUGUCAGGUGCUAAUAAUACUAUUAAAAAGGUUAAUCCAGGCAAUAGACAUCCUGAUAUACUAAGGAACUUUGAGGAUCUUGCGGAGGAUGUGGAUGUUCUGGCAAAUGGCUUAGGAGCAUAUUCAACUGGUAAUUUAUUUGGAGAUAGAUCCUUGCCUUAUGAUCUACACCCAUUUCCUGAAGACCUGGAAAAUAAAAUGAACAAUGUUUCUGCUAGAGGGAAUUUUGAUGGCAGAAACAAUUGGUACAAUGAAAUAGCAGAUGACAGUACUGACAAUGCAGAGGAUGACCAACUAAUGGCUGCAAUUAUUGCCAGCCAGCUACAACAUAUUGAAGAUAACACAGACAGGCUUUUUGGGGGUUCCAGAGACCCACUCCCGGGAAUAUCACCAGCAUAUGUUGAUGAUGACAUUGCACCAGGUCUGAAUGGUACAGUCUUGCCUUGUGAAUUCUGUGAAGUUCUCUUCCCUGCUGCUGAUCUUAUCCAACAUCAGUCUGGAUGCCAACCCCUGAACAAUGAAGUGUCAGACUCCAUGCAUUCCAGAUAUCCAGCAGUCCACAGUCAGGAGCCUGCUUCCACAACUUCCCCGUUCCCAACACUUCGCAGUAUGCCACGCUCUCUGCCUCCUGUUACAGGAACACAACAGGCCGAUAAAGGUUUUGACAACAAGAUAAACAAUGCAGCCAAUGACAAUGAUAUGCUGCCAUGUGAGUUUUGCAAGCAGUUGUUUCCUUUGGAUGACCUUAUUUUACACCAGUCUGGUUGUGACCCAGACCAAAGUAGGCCUCCAUCCAUCCCCCCUGAGGCCCUUGCUGCUGCAUCUAAACCAUUAAACAACACCUCAAGACCAAGGAGAAGGAAUAGGCCUGGGCGACCUAGCAGGCCUGUGGUAUCAGAUGAGAGGGAGGAUUGGGCACCAGGUUGGUCUACCAAAAAAGAUAGGCGGGAAUUGGAGACUGAUGUGGUUGUGGGGGCUCACCAUUCACAGCCAGAAAUAAACGAGGAGCGACUCACUGGCUUUGACCUGAUGAGAGGGAUUCAUCACACCACAAGUAAAACGUCCACCGACGUUAUGGAUGAAGAAGCACUCAACAAUAUAUUUUCUGAAUUCAAACAAGAUAGACAGGUAUCAACAGAUGCCUCAACUAUCGAUCACUCUCUACAACCAGAUGUUCAGUCAUCGACCAAUCCCAUCUCUGAGUUUCAACCACAUGGUGCAAGGCCGAGGAUUGCAAUGUCAAUGAAUACAAGGGAGGGGUCUCAGCGACCUGUGCCAGGGACUGAGAGGAGUAGAAAGGCCAGACCCAGUAAGCCUCGGGACAGAGGAACUAGCUCAACCUCAAACUCACAGCAACGGACUGAGCAAAGUGGGCAAAGAAAAACAACCAACAGGCAAGAAGAGAGGUCGCUUUUCUCAAGCGAGUAUGAUCUACCAUUCUCAAGUGAAAGUCCCAUUAUUCCAAAGAGUAACAUAAAAGGCUCUGCUAGGAGACCUAAACAGAACGCAGGUAGGCCAAAAUCAGACACAUCCUCUGUAUUAAACGGCAAGCCAAGAUCCCGUCCUGAGCUAGGAGGAGAAAAUCUUGUCAAGAUUAGCUCAACUAGUUUAGAUACUCUUUCGAAAAGUCGCCAAAAAGUUAUGUAUGCUCAUGAACCCCCCAAACGUGUGACACCUGUUGUCGAGGGACGUUCAUCGAAAGGCGAUGAUUCACCAGGAAGACCAAGUGGCAAGGGCCGUCCUCUGAACAAUGGUGGGUCACGAGAGAGGCCUGGUGCUGACCAGAGGGGCCAGGUUGCCCAACAAAACCUGAAUGAGUUAUCAAGGCCUUCACAGAACAGAAGGACUGGUGCUACAAAAAAUAACUCUCGAAAGAAAAUUGUUUAGCAAGCCACUAAGCAUGCAGUUUACUGAGUAACAUGUAUUGCCUGUAUUACAACAUGCUUACAAAAAUAAGAAAACAAUAGGUUUAGAUAAGACAAAAGGCAGCAGACUAUAAAAUAGUUAAAAUAUGGCAGGAAAUCAGGUGGAAAAUAAUAAAAGUAAUUCUCCACUAAAAAUUUUAAGAGAUUUCUAGCAUAUUAGAAAUACUAAAAUUUCAAAUUUAUUCAUCAGGGGAGCGUACCGCUAGGCCCCUCUGUAAAUGCAGUUUCUUUAGAAUAUAGUCUCAAUAGGGAAAUUAUCCAAAAUCAACUGUCAAAAUGUGGAUAGUGUAAAGAGGCCUUGUCAAAAUGUUUUGAUGCAGCAAAAAUGCUGUUCUAAGCGACAGAGACUGCAAUACUGGUGCAGCGCAAGGCCAUUGACCCUGUCAGAGCCCACACUUGUUUUAGUGUUUAUUGAAUUGUGAAUAAAUACAUUGUAAGUACUGUGA